UUCUCACUACCCUUCUCUCUCUUUGUAUAUAUACAUAUAUAUAAUCAAUAUUAAUAAAAGAGGGAUAUUUGGAGAUGGGAUUGCAUGGCAAAUUAAUUGCAGCAAUAGAAUUCAAAGCUGGUGGAGAUUUGUUCCAUGAAAUUUACAUGCAAAAGCCGAAUCAAGUUUCCAUUGCUAGCCCUGAUAAAGUACAAGGUUGUGAUCUGCUUGAGGGUCAAUUUGGUCAAGUUGGUGCCAUUAUUUACUGGACCUAUACCCAUGAUGGGAAAGAGGAGACAGCGAAAGAGGUGAUUCAAUCCAUUGAUAAAGAGAAAAAAAUGAUUAAAUUUAAGGUGCUUGAAGGAGACGUGAUGGAGCUAUACAAAGAUUUCGUCAUAACAUUACACGUGGAGGAUAAGGGCGACAUUGAGUUGGUGACGUGGACUUUAGAAUACGAGAUGCUUAAUGAAGAAGUGGGGCAUCCCAUUACAAUCCUAUCCUAUUUGAUCGACGUCGCCAAAGACAUCGAAACUCAUUUAAUGUCCAAUCCUUGAAGAAACCCUUUGUUUAAAAAUAAUGAUUUGCAUCUUCUUGUGUAAUGAAUCCUUGAGUCAAGAUGUACGUUUAUUCCCCCAAAAAGAUGUGUUGUCGUAAUAUAACUAUGACACCACAACAAAGAAAUCGGUAGGAAAAGAUCGAUUUCUAUCA